UCCCGAAUCAGUGCCAAAACACGCACGCCAUGAGAGCGAUAGCAGCGCUGCAGUCUUAUCAAACUCGCUGCUCAUCAGCAUAUAUAUAUACCUAACAAUACUCGGAGCGCGAGGGUGAGUGCUUGAAAGUACUAUCGCACCUUAUCGCAGAUAAGUAUCGGCGUAUUUACGUUACGCAGUGCAAGUACUUAUCGCAGGAUACGGAGCUGUAUUAUUCUCGGCCGGGAGAGGCGAAAGGUUCAGCGGCACUGAAUCGCGCACUUUGCAAACGAAUGAGAUGGAAUUGGCGAGAACAGCCUGGAGAAGAUCAUUUCUCGUGUAUAAAGCCAGCACCCAGACGACUCUUAGAAGCAGCUCGAGUGAUUCGUCCAAUGUAGCCGAAACUCCCGUAGUGUCUAGAUUGGCGGACUUGGAGUCCAAAGUUAAGGACGAGAAGGUUCACCAUGCUUUGGGCGCUACAGAUGAACUGACCUCUUACAUAGGACUAGCUAGAGAAUUUGCAAAUGAUAGCAAAGAAGAACACCCUUACGUUGACAAGCUCAAGAGAGUUCAAAUGAUCCUCUUUGACUUGCACCAUGCUAUACUGAGAUCCACACCAGGACAGGCCAAGUCGUUUGAAGAUAGACACACUAAAGAUCUCGAAGAAUGGAUUGCAGAAUACUCAAAACUGUUACCACCUCCUGAAGAUUAUAUCAUACCGGGUGGAGGUAAAGCAUGUGCUUCGCUGCAUGUUGCCAGAACUAUAUGCAAAAGAGCAGAGCACAGUAUAGUGCCCUUGGUCACUAAUGGAGCUGUAGAUGAAGCGGCGCAAACAUAUUUAAAACGACUGUCAGACUUCUUGUUAACUACAUCUCGUAUUGCUGCCAAAUGCGAUAAGCGCACAGAAAAUAUUUAUAUACCUCGAGCAGAAGUCUCAAAGGAAAAAUAAUUUACUGAGAUAAGAGCACUUUGAAGACUCAUUGUAUUUAAAUGAUUCAUUUCAUUGUUUUUUAUAUACUAACAUAAUCAAAUAAUUCUCAAACUGCUCAAUGGUGAAAAUAACAACAGUACAAUGAAGCAUUAAAGGAUGCAGGUUAGUCAUUGCCUUUUUACAAACUGAUUUAACUACACGUCAGACUUAUUUGUAUAUAGAAGUUACAAAAAAAAGAUUCUCAAUUCACCUUGUUAUGUAUAAAUAUGUACACAAUAUUUAUUUAUUAAACGACAACUGAAAAAUUAUCAAAUGUAUAUUUUAUCUGUGAACAAAUGUUAUAUUAAUGUAAAUAGCAUUUAUAAAAAUAUAUGAUUAAAAUAUUAAGUUACAGUAUUCAUAAAUUUUUCAAACCAUCAAUACUGGCAACUGACAAUGAGUUGUGAUUUUUACAAAACAAUAAGUCAAGCAUUACUACUCUUCUCUGAUUUCUAAUCAAAAGUUGAAUAAUUUGCUUGUAUAAAGAAAAUGAAACAAGUUUAUCAAAUCCAAGGUCUAUCAACAUCAUCAAUAUACUAAUAAAAUUUAAACUAGAUAAAUUAUUAACUUAAGUUGAAACUAUAACUUUUGAAUAACACUAUUCCAAAACCUCUUCUCCUUCUGUGAUUUCUUUCAAAUUCAACAGUUCUAAAACUCCAGAGCCUUUAGUUUCAGCCCUGACUAACUCAUCAAUUUCACGAUAGUGACCCGGAUCUAUCAAGCAGACUAAAUCUAAUGAGCCACUGUUCCAAUCUUCUGAUUCUACUUUUGUUGUUAAUUUUACGAUUUUCUCCCUCAGUUUCCUUGCUUCUUUACCAGAAACUAAAACUCUUAACCUCAUUUGCGCCCUCUCCAAUGGCAUAACUGUUUUCAAUUGUGUUAUUACUUCUAAUGCUUGCUGCUUUGCAUUUCGAUUAGGUUUCACUGAAAAAUGAAUAUCCUUCAUUGCUUUUUCUAUAAGUGAAACAGAGUAAGGACGUUUGCUUUCUGGAUUGACACAUUUGUCAGCAACAGUUGUAGCUAUGUCUUUGAACAUGGAAUCCAAAGCUGAGUGCCUUUCUUUGUCUGAAACUUGUAGUUCACCUUUUUCCAAAAUUUCUUUGCAAAUUUCUGUUUGAUCAUCUUUACCAAAGGCUUUGAUAAGAUCUUCUUUCUUGGCUACUUGUCCUUUUGAUA